AUGGUAAGUUCGUGUGGUCGUCGAAGUAAAAUUUGUAAAAUUUAUUCAGACUCUGUCCAAGCUUUUAACCGCCUCCAUGGUGGCUGCGGUGGUCUGCGGGUGAGUUAAGGCCCAGCUUUUGGCAUCGAUUAUAAGCCUUGGUUGACAAUAACUCUCGAAUUUUAGCCUCAUGGCUAAGCCAUAUGACAAUGGCAACGGAUAUGAUUCUCCUCCGAGCAAUGGCUAUGCUCCUGCUCCGAGCAAUGGCUAUGCUCCUGCUCCGAGCAAUGGCUAUGGCCCUGCUCCGAGCAACGGAUAUGCUCCCGCUCCGAGCAAUGGUUAUGCUCCUCCAAACAAUGACUAUCCCUCAGCACCGAGCAACGGCUAUGUUCCUCCACCGGCAUCUCCGCCAAGCGGAGGCUAUGGAUCUGCGCCAAGCGGCGGAUAUGCCCCUCCCCCACCGGCCUACCCUCCACGCUACGGAGGAAACGAUUACGGUCACCACCGACGUCACCACCCACGAUACGAUGGAGAAGGCUAUGGUGGGUCUUUGCGGUAUAGUAAUUAUGGCACAAUGUCGCUGUCCCGAUCGCGUAAAAGCAAUUUAACUUUUUCGCGACAAAUCAUUUUCCGGACGGCGAUUCGAAUUUCGACGCAACAGAGUGUCACUAUUUUUCCGACGGACUGAUAUUAAGUCAGCCCAUGCCUAGCCUCUUUAUGGCUUCACACAUUUGAUAUAGCGACUUUUUCGCUACAUAGAAAGCUGACGUUUCAUAGCUUCUUACGACAAGAAUUUUUUUAUACUUGCUUUUCAAUUUCAGACCGUCACCCAUACGAAGAUGAAGGAUAUGGCGGAGGUUACGAUGAAGGAUACGACGGUGGAUAUGGCAAUGAUGACAGAUACGUUGGACGGUACCCAAAACCAUACGGAGGAUAUGACGAUGAAGGUUAUGGUGACAGAUACGACAAUGACGGCUAUGGCCACAGGUACCAUCAUCGCCAUCAUCGUCGUGGCUCAAGAUACCAAGUGAAUAGCCCUGGAUACGACCGUCUUUCUCCGGCUCAAUUCUUCCGCAAGUACGGGACCAUCUUUGCUCCGGCCACGCCAAAGGGAGGCAGAGGAAACACGGGACCAUUGGAUUUCGGAGAAUACAUCGGAGAAUCGUUGACCAAUCUGGAUAAGGUUGAGUAA